AUGCCUCCUAUGAAGCGUAAACUCUUCGGUCUCAGUGGGCUGGAAUUGCAAUUCGCCUACGAAGGUCUUCUUAAGCUUCAGAAAAGCCUUGUCUACGACUACGACGAGGAGGAGGAGGAGGAAGGGCGUGCUCCAGAAAAAUUCGGGGAGCAGCUCAAGAACAUGGUCUCUCUGUUGGGGUCAAAGCUGGAAGGGUCUCGGUCUUAUACCUUCUCCGGUGUAACCACGGAUGACUCGACCACGUUCAACAUCACGUAUACCGGCAUGCUUGACCUGAAGCCUGAUUUUGUUCAAAACGUCGAAAAGACCAAGACCUUGAACUUUGGUCUUCUGCGAAUCUGUAUCGUCAAUUGCAUUUUUUGGAAAGUCACAUUCCUAGGUGCUCGUGUGUGGAUUGACGCAUUCCUCUUCCGCGCAACUGCAAUGCUACCAUCAAAUAAGCGCAUGGUUCUCAGCACGGACCACGUUGUUCCAUUCACGAAUAUCAGCUCGACGAGUUUGCGGAAACUUUAUGGAAUUAUAGAUUAUAUUGCCACAGUACCAAUUUUCGAUCUGAUGGCAAACAUCAGCUUUCAUGACAUGAAGGUGAACAAGCCAUCCAGCUUCUUCGUUAUUGAAGCCAAGCUUAGCGAUCCCUCGAACCAUAUUGCUCAAGCAGUUUCUGAGAUAUACGCGUGCGGAAAGUUCCUCCAGCAAAAGGUCCUCCGUGGUGCUCUGACCAAUGGUCAUGACUGGAUCUUCCUUCUCAUGAAACUCAACGACGAUUAUAAUGGAGCCUCCUAUGCGCGAUCUCCUCAAAUCUCCCUGGGGAUCCAGCCUACCUGGGCCGAGCUAGUGAUACCUAACCGAACGCCUGAUUUGAUUGCUGGUAUUUUGUCGCAUUGGAUUAACCAUAGCUUUUCAGACCUGGGAAGUGAUGAUUGGUUUACGGUGUAG